UCCCUUUCUGGUCACUCUGUCCACACAUGUCAUUUAAAUAUCAGCAAGGUCAAAUUUGUUUUUAUCCCCACAUAAAACUGGUACCGGUCAUAUCAAGCAUGUGUGCUACAUAUCAAUCCUACAAAGUUCUGACGGGACUGAUUAUCUUAUCAGGAGCACUAUAUGUCCCAAAUAAUGAGCAUCUGAUUCACAUUCUUUUAUAAGGGAAAAACAUUAAAGAUGUGAUCAGGUGUCAUCAAAUGCACUCCAUUCUGUGUACCUUGACUGUUUAUGUGAAGAGAGGGAAAGGACAAAAGUGAGGACAUGUUUGUCAGGAGUACACUGUGCAGACUUUUGACCAGUUCCUCUCAGAGAUUUACACAUUCCAGGUGUGUCCACUCAAUACUGACCGGGAGGGAGCAAUCACGCAAAAAAUACAAUGCACCCAGACCAAAGACGAAGGGAGAUUUCAUCUCUAGAUCCUCCACUUUGUCCGAGGGAAGAGGAACAUUUAAAAAUGUCAAACUCCGGACCGAUAAAACAAAGAAGGCCUUGCUGGUCAUCUUUGACAAGGAUGGCACUCUCAUUGACUUUCAGUCACUGUGGAUACCCUGGACCAAGAAAUUUGUGGUCAGGCUUCAGGAGGCAGCAGGUCUGUCAGGGAUAGAGAACAAACUGUAUGACAUUCUGGGGUUCUGUACAAAACAGCAGAAAUUGGUACCAGGCAUGUUAGCUGAGGCUACUACACCUCAAAUUAAGGUUGAAAUGACAAAAAUGUUAGUAGCAGAAGGGAUGAAUGAAGCAGAUGUGAAGAAAAUUCUUGAACGUGUUUGGACAGAAGGAAACGUCAGAAACCCUGAGGAACUCAAAAAAAUAGGGGAACUAGAAACACUGUUCAAAAUUUUACAGAAAAAUAAUGUCAAAAUAGCCCUUAUCACAUCAGACAAUCGCAAGGGUACUGAUGAAUUACUAGAUGAACUUGGCCUCACAGAGUACUUUGAGUAUGUGAUUUGUGGGGAUGAUCCCGACUCAGAACCAAAGCCUUCUCCUUACAAUGCUCUCAAGAUCUGUGAGAAGUUAGGAGUAGACCCUGCAGACACAGUGAUGGUGGGGGACACCAAAACAGACAUGCUUCUAGGGAAGUCCGCCAAACUAGGGUGGAGUGUGGGGGUGCUAAGUGGGGUGGGGCAGACUGGGGACUUACUGCCCCACGCAGACCACAUUGUUGAGGACAUUGAGGACAUUCUACCACUGAUCAUGCCUUUUGAAGACUGGCAGAGUUCUUAUGCUUAUUCAUCAAAUAAAAGGCUCCUGGUAAAACCAAAAGAUCAUAACCGAAAUCCCACCAUAGAAAAAGCUCCAGUGGACCUGGUGAUAUUUGAUCUCCAUGGAACACUUAUCUGCAUUCAUAGAAAAUACCCAAAGUUUGUGGAGUUCUUUUGUUCAAGGUUGAAGAGUAUGACAGGCUUAGAGAUGAUGGAAAAGUUGACCAAGCUUCUGGGAUUAAAUCAAAAUUCAACCCGGAUGAUGCAUGGGGUGCUGACUGAGGGAACACCCUCUGAGGCCCGGGGGGUGGUUGUGGAGGCCUUAAGGAGGGAGGGAAUCUCCUAUCAGGAGGCAAUCAUACUAGUGAACCAAAUCUGGCAGGAAGGAGAAUUCAUCUUGAAGUCUGAGCCAACCCCGCUGUGUUCCAAUAUGGAGGAAAUGUUCAGAGAGCUUAAACAAAAGGGAGUGAAAAUUGCCAUCAACACAGGAGAACCAAGGGAAUUUGUUGUUUUGGACCUGUUGAAUCUGGGUCUGACUAAUUAUAUAGACAUGCUGAUUUGUGGAGAUGACCCUAUCUCUCAGCCUCGUCCCUCAGGUCACAACACUCUGCUGAUCUGUGAUGAGUUGCAUGUGAGUCCAGAAAAGGCCGUUGUUGUAGGCGAUUCUGUUGGAGAUCUUCAGAUGGGAGAGUCGGCAUUUGUGAUGAAGAGAAUAGGAGUGUUGUCAGGGAUAGGGACAGAGGAGGAACUAAAACCACAUGCUGACUGCCUUCUUCCCAGUAUAGAUGGCCUUAUUGAUGUAAUCCUCAAAGAAGAUAAACAAGCAACUGAACCUGGGCAACAAGAACAAGACAAAGAUAAGAAAACUUUAACUGGAAAUGUUACUGCUGCAGCUCCAGGUUCAUAUCAGCAUCAACCUCAUAGAAACUUUAGUACAUCUAGUCCUCAUUUGGCAAAGCUGGCUAAAAGUCAGAAAUAUGACUAUAUUAUAGUUGGAGCUGGCUCUGCUGGGUGUACACUGGCAAACCGCCUAACGAAAGAUCCCAACAAAAAGGUUCUCCUGCUAGAGGUAGGACCAAAAGACUUGUGGCACUGGGACUCCUGGAAGAUUUAUAUGCCUGCUGCUCUGAUGUACAAUCUCUGUGAUGACAAAUACAACUGGUACUACCACACUGAACCAGAGAAGGGCAUGAAUAACCGUGUCAUGUACUGGCCGCGAGGGAGAGUUUGGGGAGGGUCAUCUUCCCUCAAUGCCAUGGUUUACGUCCGAGGACAUGCCUUUGACUAUGACAGGUGGGAGAAAGAAGGGGCCAAAGGAUGGUCUUAUGCCAAUUGUUUACCAUAUUUUCGUAAAGCUCAAUGUCACAUCCUUGGAGCAAAUGACUAUCGAGGUAGUGAAGGCCCCCUUCAUGUUCUGCAGGGAAAGUCAAAGAACCCCCUACAUCAGGCUUUUAUUGAUGCUGGUGUGCAGGCUGGUUAUCCUAAGUCAGAGGACUUGAAUGGGUUCCAACAAGAAGGCUUUGGAUGGAUGGAUAUGACCAUUCACAAAGGUAAAAGAUGCAGUGCUGCAGCAGCCUAUUUACAUCCUGUUAAAAAGAGAUCUAACUUGAUCACAGAAAAUGGAGUUUUAGCCAGACAUAUCAUAUUUGAUGGUAAGAAAGCAGUGGGGAUUGAAUAUGGCAAGGGCUCUGAUGCUCAUAGCGUUUAUGGAGAAGAAAUCAUUCUUUGUGGUGGGGCAGUCAAUUCUCCACAGCUUCUGAUGCUUUCUGGGAUUGGAAAUGCUGAUGAUCUUCAUAAAUUAGACAUUCCAGUCAUUCAGCAUCUGCCAGGAGUUGGUGAGAAUCUCCAGGAUCAUGUAGAAGUGAUUUUACAACAAGAAUGCAAACAACCAAUCACACUUUAUAAAGCUCAGUGGAAGUAUCCUCAUGUGAUGAUUAAGAUUGGCUUGGAGUGGUUCCUCUGGCAGACAGGGGAUGGAGCAACCAAUCACUUUGAUACAGGAGCCUUCAUACGUAGCGAGGCUGGUAUUGAACAUCCUAAUGUUCAGUAUCAUUUUCUAGCUUCCAUAAUUAAUGAUCACGGAAGACAAUCUGGUGAUAGGCAUGCUUAUCAAGCACAUGUACAAAUCUUAAGGCCCACAAGCAGAGGGUUCAUCAAGCUGAAGUCCCCUGACCCCAAGCAACAUCCUAGGAUUGUGCCCAACUACUUAACAACUGAACAAGACAUCAAGCAGAUGAGAGACUGCAUUAAGUUGACUAGGGAACUUUUUCAACAGAAAGCAUUCGACCCUUAUAGAGGACCUGAACUAACGCCAGGGGAGAAUGUAAAAUCUGAUAAAGAAAUAGACGAAUUUAAUCGCAAUAUGAGUGAAACUGCCUAUCAUCCAUCCUGUACUUGUAAGAUGGGAGCUGAUUCUGACCCUAUGGCAGUGGUUGAUCCUGAGACUAUGAGGGUUUAUGGUGUGGAGGGACUAAGAGUGGUAGAUGCCUCCAUCAUGCCCAGUGUUGUCAGUGGAAAUCUGAAUGCUCCCACCAUCAUGAUUGCAGAAAAAGCAGCUGACAUUAUAAUAGGAAAUCCACCUCUUGCUCAAUCAAAUGCCUCUGUGUAUAAACCUAAUAGUCUAGCAACACAAAGAUGAAACUCUAUGACAAAUGCCAAGAUGAAAAAGACAUACAUGUACCAUAAAAUUCUUCAAACAGAACUUCAAGUAAUUUCAUUGUGCAUUUAAUUUUUUUGAUAGUCUCCAGGCAUAUCAACCAUAUUUCCUUACAAUAUCUAUCAUCAAUUCAUCAUUCAUUCAAACAUCUACCUGUCAC